UUAACGCUUACACUUUAGCGCUUGUUUGGGAAAAUUAAUUUGUUUGGGAAAAUUAACUGCUUGGGCUUAUUCAUUUGUAUUUUGUACCCUAUCGUAGAAUCUAUUGGUCAAUAUUAGAUGUAGUUAGCGAAAAUGGACGUCCAACUGGUCGAAGAAGAAUACGAACUUCAAUUCCCAAGUACUUUUGAUCCAGCAAAUGAUAUACGUAGAACCAUACGGUAUCCUCGCGACGAACGACCGUUAACGAGCAAUUUAAUCAGAGAAAUUUCUGCCCAUAAGCUACCAGAGGUCUUAGGGUGCGGUGGUUUAUCUGUAGCAGUAUGCUAUGGGCUGUAUAAGAUAAAUCCAGCUAUUCACGCCUUUGAGUUUCGAGAGGCUUCUCCGAAGGUUAUGCUGUUCAAGUUACGAAUACCGGUAAAAGUGGCAACGAGUUUUCGCCGAGAUGCAAUCACUGGCCUAAUUUCCCAGAAGUUAGAGAAGGAAUUAAAAUUGCUGCCUUCAGUGUUUGGAACCAAGUUCUUACAGUAUUCAGAUACACGUAUCAUCAACUGUAACCGGAGGUUGUCCCCAAACGAAAUUCGCCAACGUCAGUACGAACAAAACAACAACGUCAUUGGCCCGCGGUAUAUACCACCAGAAGAUAUCUGCACAGGAGCAAACGGUGUCGGAUUUUUAGGCCAAGGAUGUAGUGGCGUUGUUCUGCUUGCCUACCACCACGAUAUUGGGAACAUUGCUGUAAAAUGUAUGGAGAACCAUUUACCUCAAGACGAGGACAGAUGUCGGCUCAGAUUUGACGGCGAGGCGAAGAUGUUGUUUAAGCUCUCGCACAGUAAUGUGGUUGCUUUCUUCGGUAUAACUGGUUGGCAAGGAGCCUUUGGUCUUUUGAUGGAAUAUCUUUCCGGAGGAAAUCUCUCUUCACUUUGCCAGAACGGUAACUCAACCGGAUCGCUGCAUUUUCCGUGGCCACUUCGACUACGUAUUAUAAAGGAUAUAGCAAGCGGGUUAGCAUAUCUACACAGUAAGAAGAUAGUACACGGCGAUAUGAAACCUGCUAACGUACUGCUUGAUCAGAAAUUGCGAGCAAAAAUAGUCGAUUUCGGAGGAGCCGAGAUUGCCGCUACGUCAGGAACAACGACGUCGAAAGUGAAGCGAGAUUCGGAUGAAAAACAUCAGUACACUUUGAUUUACGCUGCUCCAGAGUUUUUAACAAAUAUUUUUGGUCGGCGGAAAACACCCGAAGACGUCUACAGUUUGGCUAUCAUCAUAUACGAGGUAAUUGUUCAGCGCAAAGCUUCAGAAGAUUUCAGAGUCAAAGAUAUAGGUAUAUUUAAAGAAGCAGUAAAAGCUGGGCAGAGACCGGAUCUGACCGACGUAGAAAAUUUAUUAUCAACAAUGCAUUCCUCAGGCGAUAAUAAUAUCAUAACAUUUCUCAAGGAAAUCAUGGUGUCAUCAUGGAGCUCGGUGCCGAAAAGAAGACCUACGAUGCAAGAGAUUGAGCAACAAGCUGAUAAGUUUGGAAGAAAUAUCAGCGAAACUUCUUUACGCGAAAUGGUGGAUGUGUUUUGUGCUGGGCGAACAAACAAUCCUUUGCCGCAAGUUACUGAGUGGUUGAAGCUAAGCUGCCUGGAAGCUCCAGAUUUCUGCGCAAAACGAGCUUCCUCUUCUGCUGACUCGGACCCUGCGCCAGCUACACCUAACCACCCAUUCAAAAAUGAACCGUCUUACGAGCCUGCACACUCACCAGCAAAAAGUGAUAGAAAAACCAAGAAUCCAAACGAAAAACAAGAGAGAAAGCAUGAGUUUACUUUUCCAAAAAGUGACAGCACUGAUUUAUACACGCCGACUGCUUCCACAACGUUUGGUACUGGAUUCGGCAUUGAAGACAUGCUGGAAACGUUUUCUUUGUCAGAGGACGCGGAAAGCCUUUGGUUGAAAAAGGAAUACAGUCGAGCUAUUGAUUUGUUUAACAAAAUAAUGACGAUAAACACAACCUCGCCUUCAGUUGUAGCUCUGACUAAAUUGAAGAUUGCUCACUGUCAUUAUUGUCUUGGUAGCAGCGUGAAUGGGAAUCAAGAAAUGUGCAGCGGGUUGAAUAUCUUGCAAAUACGCGCUGAUUCGAAGUUCGUUCCUACAAUGGCAGAUGGGAACAGUAUGGUUGAGGUAGCGCGGACGUAUUACGAUACCGGACAACAAAGCCGAGCGCUCUUGAUUAUAAAACAAGCCGCUACAAUUUUCGGAAACAUAUCUGAAGCAAGGGCAAAAGUUAGCGGGCUUGAGCGCUGCGCCAGGUUAAUCAAAAAACAUCAUUCACAACGGCUAACUUCUAGUGAUCGAGUGGUCGCCGUGUGUAAGUACAUCGUGGAUUGUUUAGAACCGGUUGUGGUCGUUUCGCCAACAACUGCUGGGUCAGCAUUGCAUUCUCUGGCGUAUUUUAUGGACGAACUUACCGAAUACGAGCUUGCUGUCAAAUAUUACAAGGCCGGAAUGAACGCAGUUGAGAAAUGCUAUGGCAAAGAAACGGCCCAGCGAACACACUUCUACACGCGCACACUACAUAAUCUUGCAGUGACAUACAUGAACAUGGGCCUGUACAAAAAAGCGGAUGAGAUGUUUAAAUUUGCGCUUGAGCUCGACCACAAAGUGACCGACUAUGAUUCAGCAGAACAGAAAACAGAGAGCAUUCUUCAAACUGAGCGGCUGAUUCAAAAAAAUGGAAGGCGUUUAGAAUUGCUAUAAUACCUAUUUUGCUUAUUUCUAACUUAAACAUUUUGCUCCUUUACCAAUGAAUUCUACGAUUUUUUGUGUCCGCUCAGUAAUUCCUGUUUAAUUUUCUGCGAAUUUUAUUGAUUUAUUGACAACAUUACAUAUAGGGUAUAUAUGAUUAUAAGCGUUAGGCCUCGA